AUGUCCAAUGCCAAUUUAAGAAAAUGGGUUGGGUUUUGUUUUGUUGCCAUUUAUCUCUUCGUAGGUGUUCCAUUGUGGUACAAGCUAACCACAGUAUAUAGAGCCUCGUUGCCAAUAAAUUACAUUGAAUCGCUUCAAAAGAAUAAAUUUCAAGAUAUUCAUCUCGUGAUACCGGUGUAUGUUAAGUCGGAUACGUACAGAUUUCCUGAUAUUCAUGACGCUGUUCAAGUACAAGUUAACCACUUAUUGAAUUCUCAAGUGCAACGUAUCCCAUGGUCUCUACAGAUUCUUCCCUAUAAUGAGACUAUGCAACAGAUGGAGGACAAAGACAAUCAAUUUCAUGUUGUUACUUUAGUGUUGGACGAGUUUGUUGGUUAUUCAUCCGCUUAUGAUACUAAAGAAACACUAGUUUAUUACGAUGAUGCAGCUGUUCUGACUAAUGACUUGCCAUUUUUUGUUGCGCAAACUUUGGUAGAACACACUUUCCAAUUGGAAUGGACGCAUUUGAAUAAAACAUACAAAGGUGCUUCUGCGAACAGCGAUGUUGCCAUUUCUUACGAUCCAAAUAUCCAUUUAAGUAUAACUUUAUUAUCGGGAGAUGGAAAUCCUGUUGCGUGGGAAAUUGAGUCCACGUUAACCGAUUAUUUUUCACCCUUUAGAAAUUUCUUAUCCCCAUUGGUGAAUUUUACAGUAGAUUCAUCUAUUGUUUACCAUAAUGAUUUGAAUUUACAUUCAUUAAAUGGAUCCUCUGCAGAAGUUACGUGGUUUGAUCUCUCUCACACGAUUGACCUUUCUGAACUUUCUUCAAUGACCUACUAUCCAGAAGAUUCUGCGUUGAAUCUUGCCAUAGUUUUCCCCAGUAUCUCAUCAACCCCGAAUGGUUUAGCAUUCGUCAAUGGAACUCAAAUUUCAGACAGUGCAGUCGCGUUAGACUGGAAUAGUUAUUUGGUUCCACAAUGGGGGGUUAUAAUAAUCAAUAAAAUGCCCUUAAAACCAAACUCCGUCAUCAGUGAAGAUUAUUUAGAACCCAUGAUGUACCGUUUCUCAACAGACAUAUUCCAACUAUUGGGAUUGACUGAAGGUUCUCAGGAUUUGUUAUCUCCUUAUAUCACUAUAGACUCAUUCAAAAGACUGACAACAUUACGAAAUCUUGACAAGGCGAUCGAAACAUUGUGGUCAUUAGUGAAACUAACCCAGCAAUUCCAGGGUAUGUCUAUUCCUCGUGAAGUAUCCGAUAAUGUUAUAGAAGCAUUAGACUUAAGACUACAAAUUAUAGACUUAUUGAAUGAUCCUGAUAAGGGUUGCGAUAUAGUGUGGAACAAUGCCUUGCACUUGAGUAAUGAAUUGGUCAAACUAUGUGAAAAGGCAUUCUUCAAUGGAGAAAUGGUUCAGCAGAAUUUCUUUCCUCAAGAACAUAUGAUUGCUGUGUAUUUGCCAUUAUUAGGCCCAAUAUCAGCAGUAAUGUUUUUUGGCUUCUAUAAUUUAAUGAAGGAAAAGAGUCAAAGGACUGAGAAGAACGGAGCCGAAAGAGAAGUUGCUAAAGAAAAUUUAGAGUUGAAAGAGGCUCAAAAACUGAAUGCUAUUGAUGGUGAAGAUGAAUUAGGAGUUGAUAACUGA